AUUUUCUAUCUAUAAAUUGUACAUGUUAUCCACGCAUCUACAUAUUUAAUGAGUAGAUGAUCUAAGGAGCUUCUGCAAUAUUCAAACUUACAAUACAUUCAGACCCGCCCACCCAAUAUGUUGUUGUUGUUGUUGACGUUGUUGACGUCCCUGCAUUCCCCUCCGGUGCCCAGAUGUCUGCAGACAUGGCCAUGGAACAGGUAAACGGGAACGGCCCGGAGGAACCCAUUGACACCCCGGAGGUGAGCCGCUCCGAACACUUCGCAGCUCUGCUGGAGGCCGGCCUCCCUCAGAACGUGGCCGAGAAGCUGGACGAGCUCUACGUAGCAGGCCUCGUAGCUCACAGCGACCUCGACGAAAGAGCUCUUGAAGCUUUGAAAGAGUUCAAUGAGGAGGGAGCCCUGCAGGUGCUGGUCCAGUUCAAAGAGAGCGAUCUGUCACACGUGCAAAACAAAAGUGCCUUUCUCUGUGGGGUGAUGAAGACUUACAGGCAGAGGGAGAAACAAGGGACCAAAGUUUCAGAUUCCACGAAAGGACCAGAUGAGGCCAAAAUCAAGGAGCUCCUGGACAGAACAGACUACACACUCGACGUAACAACGGGCCAACGGAAGUAUGGCGGACCCCCGCCGGAGCCGGUGUACUCGGGGGCCCAACCCAACGUGGGAACAGAGAUAUUUAUCGGGAAGAUUCCCCGCGACUUGUUUGAAGAUGAACUGGUCCCUCUCUUUGAGAAGGCCGGGCCCAUCUGGGACCUGAGGCUAAUGAUGGACCCGCUGAGCGGCCUGAACAGGGGCUACGCUUUCGUCACCUUCUGCACGAAGGAAGCGGCCCAGGAGGCGGUGAAGCUGUGCAAUAAUCACGAGAUUCGCCCCAACAAGCACAUCGGGGUGUGUAUAUCCGUCGCCAACAACCGGCUAUUCGUUGGCUCCAUUCCCAAGAGUAAAACAAAGGAGCAGAUUGUUGAGGAGUUUGCUAAAGUCACAGAGGGCCUCAGUGACGUCAUACUGUACCAUCAACCCGAUGACAAGAAGAAGAACCGGGGCUUCUGCUUCCUGGAGUACGAAGACCACAAGACUUCUAUACAACCAGAGGAGUCGCCCCCUGGUGGUCAGGAGAGAGAAUGCAGCUUUAACACAUGAAGCAUAG